AUGUUUACCGGUAGAACCAAAAAAACAUCACUUGUUGCAAGCAACACACAACAUAAAUUUAAAGCACAGCUGCGGGCAAACAAGCAAUCGCUUUGCAAUCGUAGCUUUGAUACAGCCGCUAGUCUUUCAAACAAAACUAGAAGUCAAUUGAAGCAAACAAAAUUGAGUCGUUGCCAAAAAGAUAACAAGCUAAGAUAUGCUGGGUUCGUUGAGGAGCCUAAUGAUAUUAAACCCAAAUACGAAUUUAUGUUGAAUAUGAAUAAAAAUAGCAAUGGCUGUGCACAAAAGAGUGCAACUAAAAUAACGGAGGCUGCUGUGGUGAAAUUGAACGCAGAGCAGCCAGCGCCAACGAAUGUAAUGGACAAACCUGGCAGAAGCUUAGUAAGCCUAAUUGGACGCGUAGAUUUCUGCAUGGCAAUGCAGCAAGCCCAGCCAAAUUUAAAUGCGCUUUGGAACGUUUAUGGCAAAAUAUUGCGCAUUAUUGUGGGCAAUCGUGGUGAGCAUACUCUGCUGCUGCGCAAUGAUAACAAUGGUCCCAUACUGCAGAGCAUUUUCUAUGACUUUGAAGGAGAAAUUAAAAACCUCAGCAACGGCUGUUAUGUGCAUAUUGUGGGUCGCUUUAUAAAUGACAAUCGUUUGAAGACUUUUAGUGUCUCGCAGGUAAGCAUUGACGUUUGGCAACAGAACUUUAUACGCAUAGAAAAUAUCACAAAAUAUAUUUUAAUG